AUGAAUGAUGAAUUUGAAUCCUUUCUAAAGGAAAAAAUUACAUCAUUAUUAAGGAUUAGUGAUGAUGUUUUUAACGAUUUCAUACAAAGUGGGAAGAAUAAAAAUGAUUUAUAUAACUUCUUUUCAUUAUCACCUAGCAACACUACUUUAUUUUUUAUUUUAUAUAAAAAUACACACGAAUAUGCAAUAAACGAAAAAAAGUGCGAAAUUAAUGAAAACUGUAAAAAUGAAAUGUUAAAUGAACAAAUAAAAGAUGAAUAUAUAAAGAAAUAUGUAGAAGAGGAAAAAAUAGACAACUAUAACCAAACUGAUAGCUACAAUGAAAUAAAAAAAGAAAAUAUAAUAAAGAGAGAAGAUUUGAUAAAUAAAAACGAAAUAUCAGAAGCAGAUGAAAGCCUAAAAAAAAGUGAAAAAGAAAAAAAUGAUAAUAUAGAAGAUAAUAAUGAAACAAAAAAAAAAGUUGAAAUAAAAAAUAAUAUUGAAAUAGAAGAUAUUCAUAGCACUAAUACGAAAGAUACAAAUAUAAAAUCUAACAGUGAAUGUGAACAAAUAGGAAAUAAUGAAAAUAAAGAAGUGAUACACUAUGUAUUAAAAAUGAGUAUAAAUAAUAUAAACAUUAAUGAUUCUGAAGAAGAAUAUUUUCUAGAAAAAAAAAAACAACAAAAAAAAAAAAUAUACAAACAAAUAUUAUUUUUUUUAAAAAUUAAAAAUGAAAAGAUUGGCAAAAAUAUAGAAGAAUAUUUUAAUAAUAAUUAUACCUUUGGAAAUUUACAUUAUAAUUAUAUUAAUAAUUUAAAAACAUAUUUUAAAGUAUUUUUUAUACCCUUUUUUCAAUGCUUAAUAAAAAAAAAAAAUUUUUUUGAAUAUAAUGGUACAAGGAUAAACCAAAAUGUAAGAAUGAAAAAUGUUUUAAAUAAAUUAGAAAAUUUUAAAAAAAAUGAAAAUUUAAAUAAAGAAUUAAAUGACUCAGAAGAAUUAAAUAUAAAUAAAUAUCUUGAUAUCAUUGAAAAUGACAACUAUAUAGAAGAAGAAGAAGAAGAAGAAGAAAUGCAUAUAGAAGGAGAAAAUUUUAUAAAUAACAAGACACAAACUGAAAAUAUAAAAGAAAAUAUUCUUCUAAAUAAUAAAUCAAAUAUGUGUGAUAUUCUAAAUAAUAAUGACAAUAAUAUGUAUUCAGAAAAAAAAAAUGAAGAAUUUUUAAGCAAUAAAAAUUUGUUAAAUUCAUUUUAUUAUUUAUUAAAUUAUUAUAAGCAAAUUCUAAAAGUAGAACAAAUCUCUUAUAAUGAAAUUAAUGGAGAUCUAAUAAAACUUAAAGGUGAUACUAUAAACAUAGAUAAUUAUUUAAAAAAUAUUUCUAAUAUAAUCAAGGAUUUUAUAAUAAAAGAAAAAAAAAAUGAUUUAAAAAAAAAAAACGAUAAAACAGUUGUGGAAUACUGGAAAGAAAGAUUUCAUAGAGUAUAUAACUUACUUGAACAAAUAAAUAGCAAAAAAUUUGAACAAAUUAUAGAAAACAUAAAAGGAAAAAUUUAUAAUAAUGAAUUAUGCAACGAAAUAAAAUUACUGUUAAAAGAAAUUGAAAAUAUGCAUAUUGAAUCAUUCGAAAUGAUAAAAUUUAGCAAAAUUCUAGAAAGCUCUUUUGAAACUUUAAAGUUUAGUCAUAUUAAUCAAAUGAAAAAUAGUAUUAAAUUGGUAAUGAGAAAAUUAAAAAAUAUUUGGCUUAGCUCUAAAUAUUUUCGCAAAGAUGAGAUUAUAAUAGCUUUCUUUUUAAGGCUUUCAGAAAUAAUAUUUGAAUUUAUACUUUUCUUAGCUAUCAAGAUUAAAAAAUUAAAUAAGCCAAAAAAAAUAAAAAAGUUUCUUUCUAAAUGUACAGAUAUAUUGAAGUUUUAUGAAAAAGAAUUUAUAUACGUUAAACUUGAUAUAGAAACUAUUGAUAUAAGAAAAAAUUGGUAUUUUGAUAAAAGUAUAAUUUUUAAAAAUAUAAGACAUUUGCAACAUGUGUUAGCUACCCUUUAUACUGUUUAUUCAGAAAUUAUAUAUUUCACUGAUUUAUGCUUAAUAAAAUUAAAAAAAUUAGUAAAUAACAAAAAAAUUAUGAAUAACAUAAUUCUAGAAAUUAAUAAAUUAUAUGAGCCAUUUAAUGAUGUAUUAAAAAAUAUAUAUCUUUAUGAUGAUGAAUCGAUUAUGUUAUUAAUGAAAAAAUUAAAUGAGCAAUGCUUAAAAAUAGAAAAAAAAUGUAUUAAAAUCAUUUAUAUUCAAUUUUCUCAUUUAAGAAACACUAAAUCAACAUAUUUGUUAGUAGAAAAGUUUCAAAAUUUGAAAAAAAACUAUAAAAUAGAUAGAUUACUAAUAAAAAAAUUAUAUGAUAUCUUAUUUUUAUAUAAAAAAGAAUUAUAUUCGUAUAUUGAUUUAUUUAAUAACAUGUGUACUAAUAAGGAUUUAGAUAUUUAUAAAAGAAUGUUAUUUUGCUUAAAUAUAUAUAAAAAAAUUAAAAAACCAAUUUUAAUAUUUAAAAAUAAUAACUACAUAACUUCAUCAAAUGAGUAUAAAAUUAUAGUUAAAUUAUAUAUUAAUUUUUGUAAAAAAAUGUUUUCAUAUAUUGUUGAUACUUAUUUUAUCUGGAAGAAUAGUUCUCUUUCUCAAAUGAAUAAGAUUUUAUCAUCCAAUAUAAUCACUAUAAAUAAGCAGCUAAACUUUUACUAUGUAAUUAAUUUUGAUAAUAAUUUUUUUAAGACAAUAUAUGAAUAUGCUUACAUUGAAUCUAUAUAUGACUUUAAUACACCUAUUGAAAUAUUAAAUAUGUAUAACUUAAAAAAAAAAUUAUAUAGAUAUUUAUAUGAGUUAAAUGAAAUUAUUAUCUUUUUUAAGAGUUUUACUACAACCAAAUCAAUUAUUGAACAAAAAGUUUUAAUAAAAUUUUUUCAAUGUUUUGAACAAAAACUAAUAUAUAUUUCAAACAAUAUAAAUUGGUUAAACUUAAAUAUUGAUUAUUAUAUUACUGAUUUAAAGAAUUGUAAAAGUAUAAUUGAAAAUGUAUAUCUAUCUUUAUCAUAUUCUCUUACUAGUAUAGAUAAAAUUAUUUAUAAUAUGCAAAAUGUUAACGUAGUUAGAUAUAUCGACUGGGGUAAUAUGAAGCCGUUACAUAUUCAACCUUUUUUUAAUUAUUUUGAGGAAUAUAGGAUUAAUGAAAUUAAUAAAAUUUUACAAAAAUAUAAAGAAAUAUCACAAAUAUUAAUUAAAAUAGAACAAAUUGUAGAAAAAACAAAAAAUGGUAGAAGUGAGAUAAUGGAUGAACUGUAUUAUUUGUAUCAAUGCAAAAUAUAUAAAUGUUUAAGUUUAAUAAUUAUAAAAGGUUUGUGUAACUAUGAAACGCUUAUUGAAAACGAUUUUCAAAAAAAAGUUUUAGAUAAUUAUAAACCCUGUUUAUAUAUUAAAGAAGAUAUUUAUUCAGAUGUAUUUUUAAAUAAUUCAAUACAAAAUAUUUUUAAACUAAUAUCUAAAUUACUAACAAACUUACUAUUAUCAUCUUCAGAAUUUAUUAGAUGGUUAGAUUACUCUUGUAUUGAAGUUCCUAUAUCAUUAAAAGAAGAUUUUGAAUUUUUUAAAAUGAAAUUUUCUUUUUAUCAAAGUGUUAGUAAAAAUAAAAUAAUCAUUGAUAGAAUAAUACACAUACAUCAAUUAAUACAAAACGUUUUUCAAAAAGCUAAUAAAUACAUAUAUAGCUUUUUAAAGUAUGAUAAUAUAAUAAAUUCAAUCAUUAAAGCUCAAAGUAGUUUUAAUAUUCAUCAAAAUAUUUCAUACCCUCUAAUCUAUUAUGAUAAUAUUCUAAAAAAUAUUACAAAUAUUCAAAAUAAAAUUGAUAAAGAAAAUGAUAAAAAAACAAUUCAAUUUAUUUCUUUAAAUAUAUCGUUUGUUCUUAAUUCAAUCAAAAACAAGUUAUUAGAUUCUAAAAAGUUUUUUUUUAAUAACUUACAUUUUAUUUUUACCACACUAACAUGCUCCACUAUGAGUGAAAUAACUAAAUAUAGUGGAAUACUUAAAACAGCAACUAAUUCAAUGGAUAAAUAUGAAAAUAUUAUAAAAACAAUAAACACAAUAAAAACAGAAAAUAUAAAUAUAGAGAUAAAUAUUCAAAAAACAGAAGAGAUUUAUAAUAUAUUAACAAUUUACGAAGAUAAUAACAUAAACGAAGAACAAAAGAAAAAGUUAUUUUUAUUAUAUCCAUUAUACUUAAAUAUGCUAAAUAUAGCUUUUUUUAAUGAUAAUCUAAUGUUUUCAAUAAAACAAGAAUUUUACAAAAAUACCAAAAACAAAAUAAUUUUGUUUGAAGAAAAAGUGAAAAAUAUUCUAAAAAAGUUUCAUCUUUGUGGUCCAUCAUCUGAAAAUAUUAAUUUAAAUGAAGGAAUGGAAAGCUUAAAAAAAUAUAUAAAUGAUUUUAAAUUAUUAGAGAUAGAAAAAGAUGAAAUAAUUAAAGCUCAAAUUUUAUGCAACAUGAAAAUUCUACUAUUUGAAAAUUUUUACCUAUUAAAAAAUACUAUAAAAAUUUAUAAUUCGAUUUAUUCUAUAUAUAAUUCUUAUACUACUAGAAUAAAUGACUUUUUAGAUGUUAUUUAUUAUAAAUUAAAUAUUAGAGAAAUAAAUAAAUCUUUAAAAGAAGUAAAAAAUGAAUUAUUAGAAUUGGAAAAAGAUCAACCUGAAGCCAAGAAUAUUUUAGCAUAUAAAAAAAUUAAUGAAGAAUUAAACAAAAUGAAUACAACUUUAAUUAUUGUCUACUUAUUACAAAACACAAAUAUGAAACUAACAAAUUGGCAUGAAAUAAUAAAUCUUCAUUCAAAGAAAAAUAAGAUAAAAUACCAAAUAAAAUUUGAAAACAAUAUUAUUAUUAAUGAUAAAAAUAUAAAUAUUAAAUCCAUAACUCUUUAUGAUAUGCAUGAAUUAAAAAUUUACUUACAUUUUAAUGAUAUCAAAUAUAUAAUUUAUAAAAUUAAAGAAGUUGAAAAAUUAGAAAAUUACUUAAAUAAAAUUGAAAAUAACUGGAAGCAAGAAUCAUUAAAAAUAAAAAAAUAUAAUGAUUAUUUUAUAUUAGAUGAUAACAAGAAUAUAUUUAAAAAUAUUAAAAAAACAUUUAGUGAUUUACAUUUAAUGAGAAACUUAAAUUUUGCUCAUGAUUUAAUUCCUAAAAUAAAUUAUUUACAAAAUAAAUUACAUUUUAUCUACGAAUUUUUGUCAUUAUGGAUAUUAAUACAAGAAAAAUGGAUUAACUUAGAAAGAUUCUACAACAAUGAAAAUUUUAGUCAUUUUAGCAAUGAAUUAAAAAAUUUCAAUAAAAUAAAUAAAACAUAUAUUGAAAUAAUGAAAAAUGCAAAAAAAAAUUUAAAUUUAUUUCAAAAUUGCAACACUCAAUUUUUUUACUUUUUAAAAAAUUAUUAUGAUCGUGUAUUAUUUUUAUCUAAAGAAACAUUAAAUAUUUUGCAAGACAAAAAAUUUGCAUAUCCAGAUUUUUUCUUUCUAAGUGAUGAGGAGUUACUUGAUCUUUUGUCUAAUACAGAAACAGAGAAUUUAAAAAAAUACUGUUACAUAAUUUAUGAAGAUCUUCUAACUUUUAAUGAUAUUGAUAAAACGAUAAUUGAAAUUAUCACUACAAAAAAGAAUAUAUUCAACCUAAAGAAUGGCUUAAAAAUAAUAGGAAUAGACACUUAUGUUAUUUUAAAAGAAAAAAUAAAAAGUGCUUUAAAAGAAAGCAUUGUUACAUGUUUAAAAAAUUAUCACAAUACAAACAAAAUAAUUCCGAUUAUUAUUAACAAUAUAUCAGUUAUCUCAAAUAUUGUAAUAAAAGUGGUGUUAAGUGAAGAAAUGAAAUAUAUAAUUCAAACAAAAAGUAUAAAUUAUACCAAUAAAUCUAACGAUUUAAUGGAAGAAUUAAAAAAGGAGAAAGGAAAAAAUGUUCAUAAAUUAGAACAAUCUAUAAUUAUUUUUUUAGAAUUUAUUAAUAUGUUAAAAAAGGCAAUUCAAGAAAAUUUAUUUGAUGAAAAUAACUUCUUUUUAUAUUAUCAGUUUAGAUAUAUUCUAGAUAAAAAUAACGAACAUAUUUCAGUAAAAUAUGGAAAUUAUACUUUUAAAUAUAAUUAUGACAUAUUAGAAAAUAAUGACUUAUUUGUAAAUAUAUUGUCAAACAAUAAAUAUAUAUAUUCUAUAUGUUCAAAUAUUCAAAAAUCUUAUUACAAUAUAAUAUGUGGAAAAAAUAAAACUUCAACCAUAAAAUAUAUAACAUCUACAUUAGGUUUGAGAUCAUACUUUAUUAAAGGAAGUGCAAAUAAUAUAAAAAAUAUUUUGCUUGGUGUAAUUCAGUCAGGUUAUUCUUUAAUUUUUCAAAAUGUUGAUGAAGUAAAAGUGGAGAUACUAUCUGUUUUAACAAAUAUAUUUAGAUCUGUUCAAACAUGUUUAAAGAAAAAAGAAAAAAAUAUUUAUAUUUUUAAUAAAGACAUUACAUUUAAUAGUAGCAGUGUAAUAUUUUUUACUUCUAAAUCCUAUAGAUGUGGGAAUAUUCCUAUUAAUUUAAAAAAUUUGUGCAAAGAAGUUAUUAUAAAUACUUGUCAAGAAGUAGAACUUAUAGAAAUUCUUUUAUAUAUAAAUAAUUUUUCUAAUAUCAAACAUUUAUGUGUUAAAAUUUUGAAUUUUAUGGAAUAUUUAAAUUUUGUUUAUUUUAAUUCGAAUAAUAAUAUUUUAAAUGAUAUAAUUAACAUAAUAAGUUUAUGUAGAAAAGGAAAUAAUCAAUAUAAUGAAUAUAGUGAAUAUCUUUUGAUAGCUAAUUAUAUUUUCAUAUAUUAUUAUGAUAAAUUGAAGAACAUAGAACAUAUAAAAUUUGAAAAAUUAAUAAACAAAUUUUUUGGUGUGGAAUUAAUUACAAACUUUAAUUUAAAAGAAAAAAGAGAUUCUUUAAAAGAAUUAUUAAAAAAUGACCGAAUAUAUUUAAAGGAUGAUUUAUUUUAUAAAUAUGAAAAAGAUAUUUAUGUAUUAAAAGAAAAAUUAGAUAAUCAGUUUUUGUCUAUAAUAUAUGGAAAUAUUUAUAGUGGAAAAACGACUUUAUUAAAAAUAUACAACACAUUAUAUAAUUAUAAAUAUUCCUUUAUUUAUUUAGAUUCUUUAUAUGAUUCAUUUAAUAAUUUUAAUGAAAGUUUUUUAUAUGAUAUAAUGAAAAAGAAACAACAAAAAAAUGAUGAAUACACAUUUAUUAUGAAGUUGAAUUAUCUUAAUCCUAUUGUUUAUAAUUUGUUAUCCUUAAAUAAGUUAAUUUAUUAUAAAAAUCAACAAGAACUUACCUAUGGGAAUAAAUUAAAGAUUAUAAUUGAGUGCAAUAAUAUCUCCUUUUUGGAUCCUUAUUUACUUAAUAAAAUGAAUAAAAUUUCAAUUAAAGAUAAUAUAAAUAUAUAUAAUUAUUUUAAAAAAAAUAGUUUUGUAGCAUUAGAUUGUAUUCUGAAUGCUAAUUUUUUUUCAGAAAAAAACAUACAGAAUAAUAAAAAUGAUUCAAAUUAUAUUAAUAAUCAUGAGGAAAAAAAAAAAAUUAUUUUUGGACUAUAUGAUGAGCUUAAAUUAUUUUAUAGAAAAUUUUUUCUACAUAUUUUUAAUUAUAUAAAUAAAAGAAAAGGAGAAAAUUUUAAUAUAGCUAACUAUUACACAAAAAAUGUUGAUAUGAAAAAUAUAGUUUUAAGUAAUGACAACUUAACAAAAAACGACUUAUUUAAUUUUUGUGCUAGUGAUAAAAUUAUAAUAAAUAAUUUCAUAGAUAUUUUUAAAAGUAAUUUCUUAAUUUUUUUAAAAGAAUGUAAUUUAUCUGAUGAAUUAAAUGAAUAUAGCAAAUCUUCUAAUAAUAAUGAUUCUUAUACUUUUCAAAAUAUUGAAACUUUACAUAAAGAUAAUUCUGAAAAAACAAUCUUAAAUGAAAAUAUAAAUGAAGAAUAUGCAUCAAACGAAGAAUAUAAUUUAGAUAAUAUAGAUAAAAAUUACAUAGAGAAUAUAUGUCUAUUACAAGCAGAAAGAGAAAAUAAUAAGAAAAUAGAAAAAUAUAAUAAAAAAGAAAUUUUAAAUUUAACAAUUAUUAAAAAUAAAGCCGUUUUUAUUUUAAUAAGUUGCCUCAUUUUUGUUUUUAACAAUCUUUUAAUUGAUAAUGAAAAAUCUAACUUUUUUACAUUUCUCAAAAAAUUAUGUAUAUAUAAUGAUAUCUCUAUUAAUUGUAAUUUAACAAAUUGUUUUUAUCAUAUAAAGAAAGAUAAGUGGGUUCCUAUUAGUGAGUUUUUUAAUAUUAUCAAAAAUAAUGAAUUUGAUGAAAAACAUUUAAUAUUUUAUGAUGAAGAAAUAAAAAAAAAAAUUAACUCCAUUAGUCUAUUAUAUAAAGGCGAGUCUAAUAUUUGCUUAAUAGGAAAUAAAAAAAAUUGCAAAACAACUAUUUUAAAAGAAAUAAUUAAUAAAAAUAAAAACAUUGAUCACGUUAUAGUAAAUGUUUUGAAAUAUACUAAUGUUCUUAAUUUUAAAAUCCUACAUGAUAAAUUAAUAAAAAAGAAUGUUAAAAGAUAUAUUCAUGAAUCUGUUUUUUACAUUUGCAUAGAUGACAUUCACAUAAAUUAUGAAAAAUUAAAUAAUCAUUCUGUAGAAUUUUUACAAAAUUUACAAAGGAACUUAUGCUAUUUUGAAAACAAAAUUAUUAAUAUAGAAAAUAUAAAAAGCAUAAUUUCAUUAGAUUUUGAACAAAUUAAAAAAAAUAGUUAUUAUCAAAACAUUUCAUAUUAUUAUUCCUUUUUCUUUUUAAAUACAAACAAAAAAUGUUUAGUAAAUUAUUUUAAUGCUUUAAUAAGUUAUUCAUUACAUGACAAAUUUCAAACUAUACAUAAUAAGUUAGUAAGUUAUAGUUUAGAAGUAUUAUGGAAAAUUCAUGAAGACAUUAAUUUUGAAGAAAAAAAAGAAAACAAUUUAUUAUUUACAAAAGAAAAUAUUUUUUUGUUAUAUGAAGAUUUUUUUUAUACUAAAACUAAUUUUCAAAAUGAACAAGAUGUUAUAAAAAAUUGGUGUGAAAAUACUAAAAGUAUAAUUUUAAAUAGAAUUUUAAAAAAGGAAAACAAAGAAGAAAUAAAGAAAAAAAUAGAAAAUAUUGAACAUAAUUAUUUUCCUAAUUUAAUUAAUGAAAAUUUAUCUACUUACUUAAAUUAUUUUUCUAAAGAUGUCCAUGAAAAAGUUGACAUUGAUUUACUUAAAGAUGAAUUCGUUAGAAGUUUAAGCAAUUACAAUAAUAUGUAUAUGAAUGCCAAGAUAUUUGUAGAAUUUUACUUUAAAAACAUUGUAGAAAUUUAUAAAAAAAUAAGUAAAAAUAUAAAUGCAUCAAUGAUAAUUUGCAUGAAUAAAAAGAGAGCUGUUACAAUACUAAAUGCUGUAGCAUACAUAUUAAAUAUAAACACAAUUAUAAUAAAUAAAUCUAAUAAAGUUGAAAACAUGCAAGACAAAAUUAACUAUUUUAAUAAAUUAAGGUUUCAAAGAAAUCUUUUUAUACUAAUUAAUUAUUCAAAUAAAUAUAAUGACUAUUUCUAUUCUUUAAUUUAUAAAAAGUUUCCUUCUGUCUUUUAUGAGAAAAAUGAACUAUUCAAAAUGUAUACUAAAACAAGUUUGAUCUCAAACGAUUUAAAAUGGGAAAAUAUUCAAAAUAUUAUGAAAAAGAAUACAUAUGUUUGUUUAGUUCAUGAAAAAAGAUUUGAUUUAAAAACUAAUGUUUUUCAAAAUUACAAAAAUAUUUAUAAUGAUAUUAAUAUCAUUCAUUUAGAUAGUUGGACUAAAGAAGAAUAUAUUCAGUAUUGUAUUUUGUUUUUAAAAAAUUAUGAAGACAAUCAUUUUAUAGAUAAUAUAUUAAAUAAUUUUAAAAAAAAAGUAAUUUUAAAUAAUAUAGAAGAUGACAUUGAAAAAGAAAACAAAACUAUAACAAUAAAGGAAAAAGAAAAAGAAAAAGAAAAGGAAAAAGACGACAAUAAAAUUUUUGUAAAUUCUUUGGAUUAUAUAAAACAGAAGAAAGAAGAAAACAAUAUUAAGGAAAAUGAGAUAGAGAAUGAAAAUGCGACAAAAAAAGAGAAAGAAAAGAAAAAUGACUUACAAAUAUCAAAUAAAGAUGACAAUGAAAAAGGAGAAAGAAAAAAUGAGAAAAGUAAUGAAAUGGAUUCAAAAAAGGUGGAUGAAGAUGAAAAAGAAAUAGAACAAAAAAAAGAAAAAGAAGGAAAUGACGAAAAUGAGAAAGAAGAGGAAAAGAUAAAUCAAAGUAGAAGCGAAGAAAAUAAUAAAAAUGAAUUUGAAAAUGAAAAAAAAAAAGAAAAGAUAAUAAAAGAAGGAAUAACAAAGAAGAAAGGCUUUCGAACGAACAAAAAUAUAAGAAAGGAGGAACAAAAUAAUUCUGAAAAUAAAUAUAAGAACCCUAAAAAAGAAAAUAAAUCUUUAACUAAAAUAGAAAAAAAUAAAAAGAAAAAUGAAGAUAAAUUAAUAACUACAUAUAUCAAAAAAUCUAAGAAUUAUGAAAAUACUUCUAAUGUGAAAAAUAUAAGGAAAGGUACAAAUAACAUCAUGGAAAAAAAAAAAAAUAAUAACGAAGAUAUCUCAAAAAGUAGUACAAAUGUAAAUUUAAGUAAAUCAAUUAAAAAAAAAGAUAACAUAGAAGGUACAAAAAAAAAAAAAGCUUUGAAAGUAAAUGAAAAUAUUAAUGUGAAUAUAAAAAAAAAAAAUGAAAAAGAAAUAAAUAAAUUUAAAAAUAAAAUAGAUGGUAAUAAUCAAAUUGAAAAAAAAUAUAGAAAAUAUCAAAAAACAGAAGAUAAUGAUGGUAGCAUUUUUAGAACAAAUAAAUUUACAAAAGAAAACCAUGAUAAAAAAUUAGAGAAAAAAAAAGAAAUUAAUAUUUUUAAUAAUUAUGAUCAAGAUAAUUUAUUAAAAACUACGAAAAAUGAUCAACACAAAGCUGAAACUGUAGGAGAAACUAACGAAAAUGAAAAUGUUAGUAAAACUGAAAAUGUAGAAAAUAUGAAUGAAAAAAUAAAUGAGAUUAAUAUAGAAAGUGAAAGUAAAGGAGAAAUUAUAAAUAAUAAUGAAUUUUCUAAAGAAAAAGAUAGAAAUGAAAAUGAUGAUCUAUGCAAGAAUCUAAGUGAAGAAAAUAGUCAAAAUUUAGGUAUUAACAAUAUAAAAAAGUUUAGUAGAGAAAUAUUGAGUGAAUAUGACUCUUAUAGCAGAAAAAAGUAUAAAUAUAAUAUUUGCAAUAUAAUUGAAAAUCAACAUGAAAACAUUGUUAAUACUUUUAUAGAAGUAUAUUAUGAUCUAAAAAAUUUUUUAAAAAAAAAUAAAAAUUUAGAUUUCAUAAGAGUCAAUAAAUGCAAUUUUAUGGAUUCUUUGAUUAUGUUCUAUAUUUUGUUAAAAAAUAAAUUAAAUUAUAAGAAUAAGCAAUUAUAUAUGUUUAAAAUGAGUCUAAAAAAAAUUAAUAUUAUAUUUGAAAAUUAUGAAAAUAUGUAUAUUGAAAUUGAAUCUAUAAACUCAUUAGUAUCUAAUCUGAAUGAUAAUAUUGUUAAAUUAAAUGAUUCUAUUAAAAUAAAUUCCAAAUUAUUAAUAGAUAUUGAAGAAAAGUUUAACAGCAAUAAAAAAAUUUUAAAUAAAGUUACUAAUGAUAUCGAUGAAAUGAUUGAAAAUAAAAAUGAAUCAGAGAAACAAAUUGAGGAAGAGUGUAUAUCUAUUAUUUUUAAAAUACAAAAUGUAGAAAAUAAUGAAAUUAAAAAUAUAUUAAAGAUGAAUAAUCCAGAUGUAAUUCUAAUUAAUAUAUCAAUUAUGUUAAAUACGUUAAUUAGAAAUUCAUUCUUAAAUGACAAUAUUGAUAACUGGAAUUACUUUAAAAACUUUCUAUCAAAAGAUAAUUUUUCUAAAUUUUUUUUUAAUUUUAAAAAGGAAAAUGUAACGGAUAAACAAAUAAAAAGAGUGAAAGAAUACAUGAACAAAGAUGAGAUAAUAUAUAAUACUCAAAAAAUUUACCAAAUGAAUAAUUUGUUUUCUUUUUUUUUUGAGUGGAUUACUUUUAUAAUUAAAUAUAAGGAAUAUUAUAAAAAUGCUUGUGAUAUAAAUGUAAUUAUUUCUAAUAAUAAAACGAAAAAAGAAAAAUAUGAGAGUGAAAACCAAAAGUUAUUAGAAGAAAUGCAUAGAAUAAAAUCAUCUAUUGUAAAUAGUAAAAAUGAGGUAAACGAUCAAAGUGAGCAAAUUGAAGAUCUAAAUAAAAAAUUAAAUGUAAUUAAUAAAUCUUAUUUACCAUUUUUAGAGAUCAAAAAAUUUUUAGAAAAAAUCAAAAAUAAAUAUACAUAUACUAUUGAAAAAAUUGAAAGCAAUUAUAAGUAUUUAGUUUCUGAAAUUUUACUUUUUUCCUUUUUUCUAAAUUAUUCAUCCUCCUUUAAUUAUAAAUAUAGAUGUUAUUUAUUGGAUACAUGGAAAAAAAUUAUAAAAAAAAAUAAUAUACUAAUAAAAGAUGAUAUAAAAAUAGAAAACAUUUAUUCAUGUGAUAGCAUAAUUUCUUUAUUUAUUUCUGAUAAUUUUCCUAGACACAUAUUUUAUAUACAAAAUGCUUUAAUAUCCUUAAAUCAUUUUAGAUGGCCUUUGUUUUUAGAUCAACAAAAUAUAGGAAUUGAUUGGUUAAAAAAAAGUUAUAGCAACAAUUUAGUUAUUCACAACUUUGAUGAAAAUCUUAGCAAACAUUUAGAUAUGUGUAUAAUAUAUGGAAAAAGUCUAAUAAUACCUUUUUUUAAUUUUCAGAAUUUGUAUAUUUAUGAAAAAACAAAUGAUGAAAAUUAUAAUUGUGAAUACUUAGAUCAAGAAAAUUUUAAAAAUAUAAAAGAGGAUUUAUUAUAUAAAAAAAAUUUUCUUAAAUUUAAAUUAAAAAAUAAAGAUAUUAAACUUAAUUCAAAUUACAGCAUCAUUGAGCCUAUUAUUGAAAGAAAUAUAUAUUUAUUAAAUGGAAAAUAUUAUAUCAAUAUUGGUAUGAAAAAGUUGGAAUAUAAUAAUCAAUUUAGAUUAUUCCUUGUAAGCGAUACGAAUGAUAGAUAUUUUGAGGAUAUUGAAGAUUAUGUUAAUAUAAUAGAUUUUCAAAUAGAUAAAAAUUUAAUUAUAAAUAAAAUUGUAAAUAUAAUAUUGAAACAUGAGGAUGAAAAAAAAGUAAUUAAUUUUAACACAAAAAUAAGAAAUUUCUAUGAAACAAAGCAAACACUAAAAUUUUUAGAUGAUGGUAUGAUUUUAGAAUUGUGUGCUUUUAAUAAUAAAAUUAAUAAUCAUAAUAAUUUAAUUAAUGCUAUAAAUAACAACGUUUUAAAAAAAAUGGAAAUAAAAAAAUUAUUGAAAGAAUACAAAAAUGAAAUUAAGAAAAUUAAAAAUUCUUCAGAUAAUAUAAAAUAUUUAGGCUAUAGAUUUUACAGCAUAUAUAAAGUUUUACAAAAACAAUCCAAGGUGAAAUCAGUUUAUAAUUUCAAUUUUAAUUAUUUAUUAAAUAUUUUGAAUCAUCUAAUUAAAAAUAUUAAUAAGAAAAUGUUAAUAUGUAAUUUUAAUCAAUUGAUUAAAAAGUUUACUCAUAAUUGUUUUGUAUUUUUUUUAAAUACUAUAAAUACAAAGGAUAAAUUAUUUUUUUGUUUCCUCUUUUACACCUCUUUAAUAUUUGAAGAAAAAAAGUUAAAUGAUAUAAAAAAAUCAUUUAAAAUAGAAAAAGAAAAAUAUUAUUCCUUAUUUAUGAGGAUGAAAAACCUAAGAAAUAUUGACGUAACAUAUCUACAAAAAAUAGAAUGGUUAAAUACUAAAAAAAAGAAAGAACUAAUGUUUUUAGGAAAAGAAUUUGAAAGUUUUAAACAACUUAUUGAUGAUUUAAUAAAAAAUUCUACCGAAUAUUAUAAUUGGUAUAAACAAACCAAACCUGAAGAUAACUUCUUUUUUCUGAAAAGAGUUCAUUUAGACAAAUUAGAAACUAUUUUAUUCAUAUAUGUAAUGCGUAAGGAUAGAUUAUAUUAUUACAUAUAUUUUUUGUUACAAAAUUAUUUAGAUUUAUCAGAAAAUCUUAAUUGUAGUUCUUAUUUCUCAAAUGAUUUAAACUACUUAGAUACAAAAACAUUUUUAUAUAUAGUAGAACCAUAUCAUACAUAUGAUACUAUUCCAUCUAACAAUAACAUAAAAACUUUUAGUGUUGGAAAUAAUUUCAAUAGUGAUAUUCAAAUAAUAAUAGAAACUUCAUUACAAAAUGGAAAAAAAUUGCUAUUAGAAAAUAUACAUUUAAUAAAUUUUAAUAUAGAAAAAUUUUAUGAAAUUUAUAAUAAUAAAAAAAUUCAUUCAAAUUUUGAAUUAUAUUUAACAUCAGAAAAAAAUUGUUCUAUUUCAAUAAAUAAAAAAGCUAUUAAAAUUUAUUCAUACAGAGAAAAACAUUUUAAAAGUUUUUUGAUAGAAUUUUUUACUUACACUUAUAAUAUUUAUAAAGAUAAGCUAAAAAAUAAUUUUAUGAACUCAUUUUUAUUUUCAUUAGCAUUCUUUCAUAGUAUUUUAGUAUCUAGAUGCAAUUAUGAUAACUUUGGUUUUGAUGAAUUAUAUUACUUUGAUAAUAAAGAUUUUGAAAUUACUUUUGAUUGUCUUUUGUAUUAUUUUGAUUUAAUUCAAAUAAAUAAUGUAUUAAAUAAAAGUGAAAAUCUAAAUAAAAAUAAAUAUGAUACUUUCAAUAAUAAAUUUAUUAGUGAAGAUAUAGAAGAGAAGAAAAUAAAUAUAAAUUGGAAUUUUAUAAAAGAUAUUAUCCUAAACGGAUAUGGUAAUAAGGUUAAUUAUAUGGAUAGAAAGAUUAUAAAAAGUUACAUUAACGAAUAUUUUAAUGAAUAUUCUUUUAAUGAAAAAAAUGAAUUUAUAUAUUCAAUGGAUGAAAAAUACAAUUAUAAAUUUUUAUUAAACCGAUCUGCUAAAGAAUAUAUGAACUUAAUUAAAAGUUAUCCAUCUAUUAAUAGUUGUAAAAUGUAUGGAAUGAAAAUAGAAGCUGAUAAAAAGAAAUAUGAAGAAUACAAUAAUACUCUAUUAAGUAAUUUAAGAAAAAUAUGUAAGGAGGAAAUUUUAAUUUAUAAAAAAGAAAAUAAUGAUAAAGAUGUUUUUUUCAACUUGGAGAGUGAUUAUUAUUCAAGUUCAUUAAUGAAUACUGAUGAAGAUGAAAAUAUAUAUGAAAAUAUAGAUAAAACAGAAACACUAAGAGAGUUCGAGUCAGAAGAAUGUACAAAAGAAAUGUAUGAAAGCAAAUUUCUAAUAAAGAUAAAUAGUAGAGAAGACAAUGGUGUUACUUUUGAACAAUUGGAUGAUUUUAAUACUUGUGAUAUUGAUUAUUUUAAUCUAAAUUUUUUAAAAAAUAUUAAGAAAAUGAAUGAAUUCUAUGAAUUAAUAAAAAAACUUAAAAUGACAUUAAAAAACAAUUUAACUGUUAAUUCAGAAUGGAAUAAAACUGACAAAACAACUAUUCAAUAUUGUUGUAUAAAUGAAACAAAAAAGUUUAAAGAAAUAACAAAUAUAAUAUAUAACGAUGUAAUAAAAAUUGAAAAACAAUUAAAUAAAAAUAAAAAAAAUUUUGAUAUUGAUUCUAAAGAAAUUAUGUUCAAUUUAUCAAUAAGUAAAAUACCAAAAAAAUGGAGUUGUAAUUUUAAUAAAAAAAUAAAAACAGUUGAUAGUUUUAUUAAAUAUUAUGAAAGAAUUAAAGAACAGCUAUACUUUUGGAAUAUUUCGGGGGAAUUGAAGUUUUAUAAUAUUCAAUACUUAUUUUAUCCUUCAGAAUUUUUUAAAGCAUUAUUAAUUAAAUAUAGUUGCAUUUAUAAAAAGAACUUAAAAGAUUGCAUAUUCAUAUGCAAAAUAGAUAAUGAGAUGGAUAUAAAUAAAAAAGAAAAUGUUCAUUUACAAAAAAAUAUUUUUUAUAGUAGUGAUGAAGAAACUGAAUUUUUAUCAAAAGAUGUAAAUUAUACAAAUUAUGUUCAUUAUGAUACUGAAAAUCAUAGUGAUGUAUACUUGCUAGGAUUUUUUACAAUGAAUGAUAAUUUUGAAUGUUUGGGAAUUAAAUCAAAAAGUAAUAAGAAAUAUGAUGAAAUACCUAUAAUAAAGUUAGAUGUAAUUGAAAAAAAAAAAAAAAACAUAUUAAAAGAUAAAAAAAUACCCCUUUAUCAAAAUAUGUAUAAUGGAAAACUAAAAAAAAAAAAUAAUAUGUUUAUAACAAAUUUGUAUUUUAAUACUGACAAACAUAAGUCUUUAAUUUACAUUAAUAAAAUUUAUUUAUUCAUUUAUAAUUAA